GCCGCCGCUCCAUCAGCACCGUUCUUUCAACCAACCACCUCGACUCGACCACCCACCACGUCCUCGCCUCCCAAGUUCCAUUCCAUCCAACCGAGAGCUCAUCUCAUCACCAGUCCGACGAUCGGAGAUGCGGAUGAGCUGCAACGGCUGCCGCGUCCUGCGCAAGGGCUGCAGCGACGCCUGCACCAUCCGCCCCUGCCUGCAGUGGAUCAAGUCCCCCGAGGCGCAGGCCAACGCCACCGUCUUCCUCGCCAAGUUCUACGGCCGGGCGGGGCUGCUCAACCUGCUGGCCGCGCCGCCCGCCGACCACCUCCGCCCCGCCGCCUUCCGCUCCCUGCUCUACGAGGCGUGCGGCCGCAUCGUCAACCCGGUCUACGGCUCCGUCGGCCUGCUCUGGUCGGGCCAGUGGCAGGCGUGCCAGGCCGCCGUCGAGGCCGUGCUCAAGGGCGACCCCAUCGUGCAGGUGCAGGUCGACGCCGCGUCCGACGCCUCGCCGCCGCUCGGACCACGUCGCCACGACAUCCGCCACGUCGCCAGGGACCCCGCCGCCGCGCCCGACGUCCUCCUCCGCAGCAGCAGCCGCAAGCGCGCCGCGUCGUCUUCCACCUCCUCCAAGCACAACCAGCCCGGGAGCAGUAAGCGCGCGUCGCUCGGCAAGAACAGGCAAAGGGCAGAACAAGAGCCGGUGCCCAUGGUCGUUGAGCACGGCGAGGAGUCCGCCGGCAGCCACGACCACGACCACGACCAGCACCACCGCCUGCAGGGGUCGGAGGAGGACACCGACGUGGAGGCGGCUUCCCAUGCCCACUCCCACGUGAGCCAAGCCGAGCCAGAGCCCGAGCCCGAGACCGAGCCGCAGAGCCACGCGCCGCCAGCCUGCAGCCAGCAGCAGGCUAACCAGGAGCAUCAGGACGACGAAGACGAGGAGCUCGCGCUGGAGCUCACGCUCGGGCUGGAGCCGCUCGUCAGGCAGAGGCAGCGGCCCAAGUCUUCGCGCAGCGACUGCGAUCACAGCGGACUGAGCGCGGCGUCGAGCCUCAUGUGCUUGCGCCUGCAGCUGCCGGCCUGAUCUCUCACCUGCUAGUUCCUCACAACAGUUCUCGACUUCUCUGGCCCUGCUGCCUGUGUCAAGAUCAAGACUCACUCAGAGACAGACAACGAAGAUAGUCAUCCUAGGUUUCUGGCUAGUAUCUUUGUAAAAACGUUGCUGGACUGAACUGCACUGCACAGCGUGGUCCUAGGAUCCUUUUUGUGUCUUGCGCCAUGUACCGUAGAUGUGAUGUGAUUUGUUCAAAGUUUUUUUUUGUUUGGCUCCGGCUGUCACAAAUUUUAAUCCAUACAACAACCAAAAAACACCGAGUUCCCU